AUGGACUCGCACAAUUUCCCUUCUCCGCAGAUGUCAAGUUUUAUUGAGCCUAAGGAACAAAACUGUAUGGCUAACGACGCAGUGAACUUAAAAAAUGACGAAGUUAAUGGCAACGGACGUCGAAGACGCCUUUCAUCUUCCAGUGGAAGCAUUCCAAGACACGCUAAAUCUCUUGGCUCGCUUGAAGCUGCUGGCGAGAGAAAUGAACCUGUAAAUUGUGUUCAAGAUGCAACAAGCACGGCAGCAAAUGGAGGUUUCGUUGGAUUGCAUCGUCGUAGAAAGAUAUCACUGCCUAGUAGACCCGUUCAGCUAAAACCUGAUCAGUUUCUCGAAGGAGGACGUGUGGAGCUGGCAAAACGAGAAGUGAAUCUGGAUGCACAUAUGCCUGCGUUUUAUGAAAACCCUUGUUCAGUAAAGAAGUAUACAAGUACUCCCCUUCGAAAAACUGAGGCGAACGGAUGGAUGUUUGGGGACAAUUCUGUCCUAGGUGGAGUGAGUGUCAACCAAGGACCUCGGCAAAGACGGAUUAGUCUGCCCGUAUUGAAGGUUGACAAAUCUCCGGAUUCGCUUCAACCUUUUACAAGCUAUGACUCUAAUUCAGCCGGUGAGCUGAGUGACAAUUUUCUUAACCCUUCUUCUAUUCCUCAAGUUCAAAGAGGUCCAUUAACAGGUAAAAAAGCGGAGACACGUCAGUGGAACCAAAGGCUCUGACUCAUGAAAACGUCGAACAAAAUUAAGAGAUGGCCACCGUUAAGAUCUCAUUUGCUAGAUUGGAAUCUGGAUACAAAAUUGACACCCUGUUUCCAUCCUCCUGUGGUAAACACAGAGAGAGAAACGAAUGUACGAUAUGCCUCAAGAUUUUUUCCUUGCGAACGAUACUCUAUAUUUAGAGACGAAUAUCCGUUAUCACUCUUUGCGGGUGAAAUUAAGUCGGCAACAUCUAAGGUCGAGUCAUUAGCUAAGGGUAGAUGA